AUCGAGGGAGCCCAGCCCAGUCGUCGUAGUGGCGAGAAUUGGUUGAGCGGUUAUAUGAGCAUGAACAAGAUGCUGCAGACGGUCAAGCGCCGUCUGAGUAACUCAUCCGAGGGGGACCUCGCCGCGGUAAGCCAGCUGCAGCUGGCGUCGGCGACCAGCAUGGGGGUGGGGUCGUCCCAGGGAACUGCGCGCGAUGACGGCAUUGAAAACGUGGCGCGAUCCGACGUGUCGCUGCCAAAGCGCGAACGCCGCCGCAGUUCGCUGGUCCGCAAUCAAAAGGUGGCGGCGUUGAAGGAUCUCCCUCAUCUCAAAGACACCAACAUGCAAAAGCGGGAGGCGCUGUUCCAGCAAAAGCUCGAAUUGUGCUCGGUGCUGUUCAAUUUCGAAGAUGCCGCGUCCGACAAGAAGGGUAAAGAUCUCAAGCGGCAAACUUUGUUGGAACUCGUCGACUACGUAAACAAUGCUGGCGGCCAGAAGAUCUUCACGGAAGCGUUGAUGCCCGACAUUAUGGGCAUGGUGUCGGCCAAUAUUUGCCGCGCGCUGCCGCCACAAACCGAAGACUUCGACCCCGAAGAAGACGAACCAGUGCUCGAACCCUCCUGGCCCCAUUUGCAGGUCGUGUACGAGUUCUUCUUGCGUUUCAUCGUGUCGGGGGAAGUCAACGCCAAGGUGGCCAAGAAGUUUGUCGACCAAAAGUUUUGCUCGAACGUGAUCGAGCUGUUUGACAGUGAAGACCCGCGAGAGCGCGACUACCUCAAGACGAUCCUCCAUCGCAUCUACGGCAAGUUCAUGUCGCACCGGUCGUUCAUUCGCAAGGCGAUUUCGAACGUGUUUUACCGGUUCGUGUACGAAACGGAGCGGCACAACGGCGUGGGGGAGCUGCUCGAGAUCCUCGGGAGCAUCAUCAACGGGUUUGCGAUGCCACUCAAGCGCGAGCACCUCCAGUUCCUCGUGAAAGCGCUGGUGCCGCUGCACAAGCCCAAGUGCGUGAGCUUGUACCACCAACAAUUGUCGUACUGCAUCACGCAAUACGUCGAGAAGGACCCCGACACGGCGAUCCCCAUCAUCUCAGGCAUCGUCAAGUUUUGGCCAUGGGCGUGCUCGUCCAAACAAGUGCUGUUUUUGAACGAACUGGAAGAGAUCCUCGAGCUUAUGGGGCCCGACCAGCUGCAGCAGAUUCACAAGGACCUGUUCCGAGUCUUGUCCAAGUGCCUCGGGAGCCAGCACUUUCAAGUGAGCGAGCGCGCUUUGUUUCUGUGGAAUAACGAGCACCUGGUCAACAACGGAUGCCUUAGCCGCCAGCACGCCGCGCUGAUUCUGCCCGUGAUAUAUGGCCCGUUAUACAAAAACUCUCUCGGCCACUGGAACACGACUGUGGAAGGCCUCGCGCAGAACGUGCUCAAGCUGUACAUGGACUACGACAUGGCGCUGUUUGACAAGUGCGCCAAGGAAUUCCUGGCCAAGGAGGAGCGGGUCGUCGAGAAGGGCAACGCACAGGCCGACAAGUGGAAAAAGAUAGAGACUCUCGCCCAAGCCAAGACGCGGGAACAUUGAGGACCCUGAUAUAUUUGAACAGACCGGGCUCCAUCCACCCUACUACUCCUCGAGACAUAAGACACACAUGUUAUAUUCCUAUAAAUUGGCUUUGGAUGGUGGGGGGUGGGGGGGGUCACUAGUCAGUACUAGACCAUUUAGCAGUUAAGUUGGACGAAUGCCCGAAAUAUUUGGCCGUGCAUCCGAUAUAUUUGGUGGUGUGCCCUAUAUUUAGCCAUGCGCCCAAGUAAUUGGCCAUCUGCCCGACGAAUUAUGUCGUGUGCCCGAUGAAAAUGGAAUAACUCAAAUUAAUA